GUGGUGUACCCCUGGAUGAAGAAGAUCCAUGUCAGCGCCGUCAACCCCAGUUAUAACGGAGGGGAGCCCAAGCGCUCUCGAACCGCAUACACCCGACAGCAGGUCUUGGAGCUGGAGAAGGAGUUCCACUUUAACCGCUACCUGACCCGGCGGCGCCGCAUCGAGAUCGCCCACACGCUCUGCUUGUCCGAGCGCCAGGUCAAGAUCUGGUUUCAGAACCGGAGGAUGAAGUGGAAGAAAGAUCACAAAUUGCCCAACACUAGAUGCGAUCCUCCAACUCGGCCUCGGCCUCAGCAGGCCCGCCAGGGAAAGCACAAACCCAGAGCCCGCACCUGCAUCCCCACCCCCACCAGGGUGCCUCCACACCCAUUCCUUCCUCCAUAUAAUCUUCUAGAGAUCUAGACCAGUUUCAUUCCCUCACCUGCUUUUCCCCCUCUUCUCCCCUUUUCCCCAUACUCCUACCUGUCUGGACCAUAACAGACCCCAAAACAAAACCCAACUUGGUGAAAAGGAUAAUAAAAAAGAAGACAUUAUCCCGAUAAGAAUGGGUGCUGGUUGACACCUAAGAGAGGACAAUAGCCAGGAUGCUGGCUGGUGGAACAACCUGCUGGCCUGAAAAGGCAGCCAGGUUUGGGUACCUGAGAAGGACCACUUGGCAACAAAUACUUUUGAGAUGGCUAAAGUCAGCUGGACAGCCCAUGCUGACUGGGGACAUAUACAUGUAUAUUUGUGGCAAGCAGAAGAAAACAGACCCUUUUCCCAUCUUCCCUACCUCCCCCUUCCACAUUAAGGCAGCUCAUACAAGCUUGUAUUGAACUGAAUAAAUGAGUAGACAUUGUGGACCUCACAAGAUUAUUUAAUUCUCAAAAUGUAUAGACCUUGAUGGUAGAUGUGACACAUGUUAGUUUCCUUUCCUUGCAUUUAUUUAAAAUAUUGUUGUAGAGUUGUUGUUGUCUUAUUCUGAGGCACAAUCUCGGGGGAGAGGGGAGUGCAUUUAGACCCAUGUGCAACUGUACAAAUUGUGGUGUGGCUAUAUAAAAAAGCCAUGUGCUAAAAAUAAACUCUGUUUAAAAAACCA